UUCAUAGAUGGUCUCACUCAUUGGUAUAAUUUUGGGAGUUAUUAUGGAUUUCUCCCAAAUCAUGCUUCACCUUGUAGUCUUUAGUAUUUCAUUCUCUCUCAUCUUCCUCAUAUAUAAACGAAAAUCGACUCCUGCCAAGUUGCCACCAGGUAAAAAAGGAUGGCCUAUCAUUGGGGAAACAUUGGAAUUUGCCGGGAUAGGGCAAAAGGGAACUCCAGAGAUGUUCAUUAAGGACAGAAUGAGAAAAUACUCUCUGGAUCUCUUCAAAACCUCAAUGUUUGGGGAGAACAUGGUUGUGUGUUGUGGUGCUUCAGGACACAAGUUUCUAUUCUCAAAUGAGAAAAAAUGUGUCGUCACUUGGUGGCCACAUUCCGUGGAUCAUGUUGCGCUUUCCCCUGAAUCCAUUGAAAACUUUGUCCCCGAAGAUUCUAUUAAAGUAAGGAGAGCCAUAGUUCAAUAUCUCAAGCCAGAAGCGCUUCAAUACUUCAUACCUAUCAUGGACUCCAUGACAAAGGAACACUUGGAGGCAGAUUGGUCUCCUAACAAACAAGUGAAGGUUUUUCCACUCACCAUGAAGUAUACAUUUUCUUUGGCUUGUAGGUUGUUUUUGAGUGUCACAGAUCCCAACCAUGUGGCAAGGCUUUCUGAUAUCUUUGCCCCUAUCAUAAAUGGUUUUCUGUGUGUGCCUGUAAAUAUCCCAGGCACAGCAUACAACCGUGCCAUAAAAGCAGGCCAUGUUAUUCGCCAGGAGUUUUUGCAAGUCAUCAAACAGAGGAAGAAGGAGCUAUCAGAGAAUACAGAGAAAGUUUCUCGUGACUUUUUAACUAACACGCUCCUCGCAUUAAAUGAGAACGGUAGAUUUAUCGAUGAUAUGUUGAUUGCUACCAACAUUAUGGCCUUAAUUAUUGGCGGCCAUGAAACCACUACUACUACUAUCACAUUCGUGAUGAAGUAUCUGGCAGAGUAUCCUCAUGUUUAUAGUGAGGUCUUCAAAGAGCAAAUGGAGAUUGCAAGAUCCAAAGGUCCGAAUGAUUUGUUGAAUUGGGAUGACAUUAAGAAGAUGAAGUACUCUUGGAAUGUGGCUUGUGAGACCCUGAGACUAACACCGCCUAUAGCAGGAACAUUUAGAAAGGCUAUAGAUGACUGCACUUACGCAGGCUUUACUAUUCCUAAAGGGUGGAAGAUAUUAUGGUCUCCAUAUUCCACACACAAAAACCCCGAAUACUUUCCAGAUCCUGGGAAAUUUGAUCCUUUAAGAUUUGAAGGGAAUGGCCCAGCACCUUAUACUUUUGUGCCAUUUGGAGGAGGACCACGGAUCUGCCCUGGGAGGGAGUACGCUCGAUUAAAAAUUCUAGUGUUUAUACAUAAUGUGGUGACAAGAUUCAAGUGGGAGAAAGUAAUUCCAGAUGAAAAGAUUAAUUACAAGCCAGCACCUAAUCCAGCUGAGGGUCUACCGGUUUACCUUAAGCCGCAUAAUCAUAAAUAUUAAAUUGCUUCAAACCUUUGGUGACACAAAUUUUAUAUGAGAAAAUGGUAAAAAUCUACUACCAAUUUUAUAAUAAAACUUUUAAAAAUAUGACAAUAAAUGUAA